AUGGCGGAGAGUUCGAGGAUCCAGCUCUUUGUGAAGGUGAGAUAGAAAGGAAAGGGAAGUAGAGUAAAGUAAAAGUAAAGUAAAGAGUAAAGUAAAGAGUAAAGUAACAAGUAAAGUAAAGAGUAAAGUAAAAAGUAAAGUAAAGAGUAAAGUGAAGUGUAAAGUAAAGAGUAAAGUAAAAAGUAAAGUAAAAAGUAAAGAGUAAAGUGAAGUUUAAAGUAAAGUAAAGUAAAAAGUAAAGUAAAAAGUAAAGUAAAAAGAGUAAAGUAAAGAGUAAAGUAAAGAGUAAAGUAAAGAGUAAAGUAACAAGUAAAGUAAAGAGUACAGUAAAGAGUAAAGUAAAGAGUAAAGUGAAGUGUAAAGUAAAGAGUAAAGUAAAAAGUAAAGUAAAAAGUAAAGUAAAGAGUAAAGUGAAGUUUAAAGUAAAGUAAAGUAAAAAGUAAAGUAAAAAGUAAAGUAAAAAGAGUAAAGUAAAGAGUAAAGUAAAGAGUAAAGUAAAGAGUAAAGUAACAAGUAAAGUAAAGAGUACAGUAAAGAGUACAGUAAAGAGUAAAGUAAAGUAAAGAGUAAAGUAUAAAGUAAAGAAAAAGUAAAGUAUAAAGUAAAGAAAAAGUAAAGUAAAGAGUACAGUAAAGUAAAGUAUAAAGUAAAGUAAAGAGUAAAGUAAAGUAUAAAGUAAAGUAAAAGUAAAGUAAAAAGUAAAGUAAAAGUAAAGUAAAGAGUAAAGAGUAAAGUAAAGUAUAAAGUAAAGUAAAAAAGUAAAGUAAAGUAAAUAAGUAAAGUAAAUAAGAUAAGAUAAGAUAAGAUAAGAUAAGAUAAGAUAGUAAAUAUAGGAUAGGAUAAUAAAUAUAAUAUAGUAUAGUAAAGAUAAGAUAAGAUAAGAUAAGAUAAGAUAGUAAAGUAAAGUAAGUAUAGUAUAGUAUAGUAUAGUAUAGUAUAGUAUAGUAGUUAGUAUACUAUAGUAUAGUUAGUAUAGUCUAGUAAAUAUAUGAUAGGAUAGGAUAGUAAAUAUAAUAUAGUAUCGGAAAGUAAAGAUAAGAUAAGAUAGUAUAGUAUAGUAAGUAAGUAAGUAAUUACAGUACAGUAUACUAUAGUAUAGUAUAGUAUAGUAUACUUAGUAUAGUAUAGUAAAUAUAGGAUAGGAUAGGAUAGUAAAUAUAGGAUAGGAUAGGAUAGUAAAUAUAGUAUAUAUAGUAUGGUAUAGAAUGGUAUGGUAUGGUAAAGUAAAGAUAUAAGAUAGUGUAGUGUAGUGUAGUAAAUAUAGAAUAGUAAAGUAAAUGUAUAGUAUAGUAUAGUUAAUAUAGUAUAGUAAAUAUAGGAUAGGAUAGGAUAGUAAAUAUAGUAAAUAUAGUAUUUCCCUCCCUCCUUCCUUCCUUCCUUCCUUCCUUCCUUCCUUCCCUCAUUCCUUCUCAUCAUUUCCUUCCUUCCUUCCUUCCUUCCUUCCUUCCUUCCUUCCUUCCCUCCUUCAUCCUUCUUUCCUUCCUUCUUCCCUCCUUCCUUCCUUCCUUACUUCCUUCCUUCUUCCCUCCUUUCCUCCCUUCUUCCCUCUUUCCUUCCUUCCUUCCUUCUCUCUCUCCCUCUCCCCCCUUCCUUCCUUCCUUCCUUCCUUCCUUCCUUCCUUCCUCUGCCCUUCUUCCUUCCUUCCUUCCUUUCUUCCUUCCUUCCCUCCUUCCCUCCCUCCCUCCUCCUUCCUUCCCUUCUUCCCUCCUUCCUUCCUUCCUUCCCUCCUUCCUUCCUCUUCCCUCCUUCCUUCCUCCCUCCCCUUCCUUCCUUCCUCCUUCCUUCUUCCUUUCUUACUUCCUCCUUUCCUUCCUUCUUCCCUCCUUCUUCCCUCCUCCCUCCCUCCCUCCCCUUCCUUCCUUCCUCCUUCCUUCCCUCCUUCCUUCCUUACUUCCUCCUUUCCUUCCUUCUUCCCUCCUUCUUCCUUCCUUCCUUCCUUCCUUCCUUCCUUCCUUCCCUCCCUUCUUCCCUCCUUCCUUCCUUCCUUCCUUCCUUCCUUCCUUCCUUCCUUCUCUCUCCCUCUCCCUCCUUCCUUCCUCCCUCCCCGUCCUUCCUCCUUCCUUCCCUCCCUCCUUCCUUCCUUCCUUCCCUCCCUCCCUCCCUCCCUCCUCCUUCCUUCCUUCCCUCGUCCCUCCCUCCCUCCCCUUCCUUCCUUCCUCCUUCCUUCCCUCCUUCCUUCCUUACUUCCUCCUUUCCUUCCUUCUUCCCUCCUUCUUCCUUCCUUCCUUCCUUCCUUCCUUCCUUCCCUCCCUUCUUCCCUCCCUCCUUCCUUCCUUCCUUCCUUCCUUCCCUCUCUCCCUCUCCCUCCUUCCUUCCUCUCUCCCUCUCCCUCCUUCCUUCCUCCCUCCCCGUCCUUCCUCCUUCCUUCCCCCCCUCCUUCCUUCCUUCCUUCCCUCCCUCCCUCCCUCCUCCUUCCUUCCUUCCCUCCUCCCUCCCUUCCCUCUCUCCUUCCUUCCUUCCUUCCUUCCUCCCUCCCUCCCUCCCUUCCCUUCGUUCCUUCCUUCCUCCUUCCCUCCCUCCUUCCCUCCCUCCCUCCUCCUUCCCUCCCUCCCUCCUUCCCUCCCUCCCUCCUCCUUCCUUCCUUCCCUCCUUCCUUCUCAUCAUUUCCUUCCUUCCUUCCUUCCUUCCUUCCUUCCUUCCUUCCUUCCUUCCCUCCUCCCUCCCUCCCUCCCUCCCUCCCUCCUUCCUUCCUCCCUCCCCUUCCUUCCUUCCUUCCUUCCUUAUUUCCUUCCUUCCCUCCUUCCUUCCUCUUCCUUCCUUCCUUCCUUCCUUCUUCCCUCCUUUCCUCCCUUCUUCCCUCCUUCCUUCCUUCCUUCCUUCCGUCUCUCUCUCCCUCUCCCCCCUCCUUCCUUCCUUCCUUCCUUCCUUCCUUCCUUCCUUCCCUCCCUCCUUCCUUCCUCUUCCUUUCUUCCUUCCUUCCUUCCUUACUUCCUUCCCUCCUUCCUUCCUCUUCCUUUCUUCCUUCUAUCCUUCCUUACUUCCUUCCCUCCUUCCUUCCCAUCAUUUCCUUCCUUCCUUCCUUCCUUCCCUCCUUCCUUCCUUCCCUCCUUCAUCCUUCUUUCCUUCCUUCCCUCCUCCCUCCCUCCCCUUCCUUCCUCCUUCCUUCUUCCCUCCUUCCUUCCUUACUUCCUUCCUUCUUCCCUCCUUUCCUCCCUUCUUCCCUCCUCCCUCCCUUCCUUCCUUCCUUCCUUCCGCCCUCCCUCCCUCCCUCCUUCCGCCCUCCCUCCUUUUCCUUCCUUCCUUCCUUCCUUCCUUCCUUCCUUCUUUCCUUCCUUCUCUUCAUUUCCUUCCCUCCUUCCUUCCUUCCUUCCUUCCUUCCUUCCUUCCUUCCCUCCUUCCCUCCCUCCUUCCCUCCCUCCCUCCUUCCUUCCCUCCCUCUUCCCUUCUUCCUUCCCUCCUUCCUUCCUCUCUAGGCCAGCGAGGACGGCGAGAGCGUCGGAUCCUGCCCUUCGUGCCAACGGAUCUUUAUGGUCCUCCUACUCAAAGGAGUCCCAUUCACCUUGACCACCGUGGAUGCCAGGAGGUAGGAAGGAAGGAAGGAAGGAAGGAGAGAGGGAAGGAGGGAAGGAGGGAGGAAGGAAGGAGGGAGGAAGGAAGAAGGGAGGAAGGAAGGAAGGAAGGAAGGAGAGAAGGGAGGGAGGAAGGGAAGGAGGAAGGAAGGAGGGAGGAAGGGAGGGAGGGAGCGAGGAAGGAGAGAGGGAAGGAGGAAGGAGGGAAGGAGGAAGGAGGGAAGGAAGGAAGGAAGGAAGGAAGGAAGGAAGGAGGAGGAAGGAGGAGGAAGGAGGAAGGAGGAGGAAGGAAGGAGGAAUGAGAAGGAAGGAGGAGGAAGGAAGGAAGGAGAGGAGGGAGGAAGGAGAGAGGAGGGAGGAGGAAGGAGGAGGAGGAAGGAGGAGGAAGGAAGGAAGGAAGGAGGGAGGGAGGAGGAGGAGGAAGGAAGGAAGGAGGAGGAGGGAGGAAGGAGGAGAGAGGAAGGAAGGAAGAAGGAAGGAAGGAAGGAAGGAGGAGGAGGAGGGAGGGAGAAAGAAGGAAGGAGGAAGGAAGGAAGGAAGGAAGGAGGAGGAGGAGGAAGGAGGAGGAAGGAAGGAAGGAAAGGAGGAAGGAGGGAAGGAAGGAAGGAGGAGGAGGAGGGAGGAAGGGAGGAAGAGGAGGAAGGAGGAGGAGGAAGGAGGGAAGGAAGGAAGGAAGGAAGGAAGGAAGGAAGGAAGGAAGGAAGGAAGGAAUGAAGGAAGUCAGGAAGGAAGGAAGGAAGGAGGGAAGGAAGGAAGGAAGGAAGGAAGUCGGGGGUCCCACACUUCCUCCCCACUUCCUCCCCCUUUUCCCAGGUCCCCCGACGUCCUGAAGGAUUUCGCACCCGGCGCCCAGCUCCCGGUCCUGCUCUUUGACGGACAGCCCAAAACGGACACGAUCCAGAUGGAGGAGUUUCUGGAGGAGACCCUGGCGCCCCCCAAGUGAGUGGCGGGGUCAAAGGUCGCCCCUCUUUUCCUUCCUUCCUUCCUUCCUUCCCUCCCUCCUUCCUUCCUUCCUUCCUUCCCUCCCUCCCUUCCCUCCCUUCCUUCCCUCAUUCCUUCCUUCCUUCCUUCCUUCCUUCCUUCCUUCCUUCUCUUCAUUUCCUUCCUUCCUUCUCUCCUUCCCCUCCUUCCUUCCUUCCUACCCUCCUUCCUUCCUUCCCUCCUCCCUCCCUCCCUUCCUUUUCUUUCUCCCUCCUCCUUCCCUCUCUCCCUCCUUCCGCCCUCCCUCCUUUUCCUUCCUUCCUUCCUUCCUUCCUUCCUUCCUUCCUUCCUUCCUUCCUUCUCUUCAUUUCCUUCCUUCCUUCCCUCCCUCCCUCCCUCCUUCCUUCCUUCUUUGCUUCCUUCCUUCCUUCCUUCCUUCCUUCCUUCCUUCUUCCCUCCCUCCUUCCUCCCUCCCUCCCUCCCUUCAUUCCUUCCUCCCUCGUUCCUUCUUCCCUCCUCCCUCCCUCCCUUCGCUUCCUUCCUUCCCUCCCUCCUUCCUUCUUUCCUUCC